UCACCCGCCUGCUUCAGAACCAUGUGUGACCAGCAGCAGAUUCAGUGUUGCAUGCCACUCCCCCAGUGCUGUGUGCAGGGUUCAUCCUUCUAUCCCUCCCAGGCUCCCAGUGCCGGGAGCCAGGUUGUGGUCCAAGCACCUUGUGAGAUGCAAAUUGUGGAGUGUCCCGCACCAUGCCCAGUUCAAGUUUCCCAAGUAAAAUGCCAGGCUCCAUGCCAAUCCCAGACCACACAGGUGAAGGGGCAGGCUCCAAGCCAGUCUAAGACUACCCAAGUGAAGGGCCAGGCUCCAAGCCAGUCUAAGACCACCCAAGUGAAGGGCCAGGCUUCCAGCCAGUCUCAGGUUUCCUGCAUUCAAUGCCAGGCUCCAUGCCAGCCUCAGGUUUCCUAUGUGCAGUAUGAAGCCCCAUGCCCUGUUCAGACCUGCUAUACGGAAUGUGCUCCAGUUUAUUAUACAGAAACUUGUUAUGUGGAAUACCCAGUCCAGACCUACGUACCCUGUCCAGCUCCUCAGCCUGUUCAGACUUACGUGGCUUGUCCCCCAGUUGCCCAGACUCAGGGAAGAUUCUCCACCCAGUGCCAGUAUCAGGGCUCUUACAGCGGAUACUCCCCGCAGCCUCAGCCCCAGGCCUCCUACAGCACCUGCGCCCCGCAGUUCCGAUCUGGGGCUUCCUACGGCAGGUGCGCCCCCCAGCGUCAGUCCCGGGCUGAGUUUAGCACUUGCGCACCGCAGUGCCAGGCCAGAGGCUCUUAUGGGAGCUUCACCGCCCAGCGUCGCUCGCAGAGUACCAGCAGGUGCGUCCCUCCUCGCCAGCUGCAGCCUGCCUACCGCAGCUGCUCCCCACCACGACGCUCUGAGCCCUACGACCGCGGCUGCCUGCCAUCGGCGUGCUCCUCGGGCGCCUAUAACUACUGCACCCCGCCUCGCCGCUCGGAGCCCAUCUAUAGCAGUGGCUGUCCCCGGGGUCGCCCUUCAGGCUGCUCUCAGAGAUGUGGUCCCAAGUGCCGGAUAGAGAUUUCCUCCCCCUGCUGCCCCAAGCAGGUCCCCCCGCAAAAGUGUCCUGUCCAGAUUCCUCCCAUCAGACGCUGCCCUGAGACUUGUGCCCCACGACCCUCCUGGGGCGCCUCCUGCCCUGAGCUGAGGUCCCGUGCAGAGUCACGUCCGCUCCCAAGCUUCUGUCCUCCGCGGCGUCUGGACCAGAGUCCAGAGCCACCGCUGCACCGGUGCCCGCUUCCUGCCCCCCGUCCAUGCCCACGUCCUGCCCCACGGCCAUGCCCACGCCCAGAGCCACGCGCGAGGUCAGAGCCUCGUCCGUGUCCUCCACGGCGGCGACUUUCGGAACCCUGUCUGUGUCCAGAACCACGCCCAGCCCCGCGACCUCGCCCAAUGCCGCGUGAAAUUCCCGAGCCGCGUCGGUGUGCCCCGCCCUGCGAGCACCCAGACCCUUGUUCACUUCCAGAGCUGGUUCCCCUGAGAGCGCCUUGCCCAAGCCCGGAGCCCUGUGUGGAGCCGCGGCGCGGGCCCAUCCCGUGCCCAGGCCCAGAGCCCAUCCCGUGUACGGGAGACCUGGGCUGCCGUGAGUCCAGUCCGUGCCGCCUGGACACUGAGGCCCCAAGCUGUGGCCCAGCUGCUUAUAACCAGUGGCAAGGAUGUGGUGACUGCCGUGGGCCCUGGGACACGAUUCCAGAGCCACAGGGUGUCAGUGAUUGUGGAGACCAAGGAGGUGCCUGUGUUGGAGUAAAAGGAGGUCCUUCUGCUGGAGCAAAGGGUGCUUAUUUUUAA